CCCGCACACAAAUACCACCACCACCUCUCCCACUCGCACCAAGCGCACACAGCUGAAGAGGGGGGAGGAGAGGCAAGCGCUGCUCAUCCUUCCUCGCCGCCGAUUCCGUUUCUUCCCCACCGCGAUCGUCCCCGCUCUGCGCUGAUGGCGAAUGCAGCGUCAGGGAUGGCUGUGGACGACGAGUGCAAGCUCAGGUUCCUGGAGCUGAAGGCCAAGAGAACCCAUCGCUUCAUCAUUUACAAGAUAGACGAGAAGAAGAAGAUGGUUGUUGUGGAGAAGGUUGGCGAGCCCGUGCUGAACUACGACGAUUUUGCUGCAAGCCUUCCUGCGAAUGAAUGCAGAUACGCGAUCUUCGAUUACGAUUUCGUGACCGAGGAGAACUGCCAGAAGAGCAAGAUAUUCUUCAUCGCAUGGUCUCCUGAUUCGUCGCGCGUGAGGAGCAAGAUGAUCUACGCGAGCUCCAAGGAGAGGUUCAAGCGCGAGCUCGACGGCAUUCAGGUGGAGCUUCAGGCUACCGAUCCUGCUGAGGUUGGCCUCGACGUGAUCCAAGGCCGUGCAAACUGAGCACGGCCAUGCUUGUAUCUAAAUAUGAGCCUCACUGCAAGGACUCGGUGCUCCCCUGAGGCAAUGGUUAUGAGUGGUUGCUAUGCGCUACUUACGGGACUAGGAAACUACAUCCAUUGCAGUGAUAAAUCUACUAUCCCUUCUGCGUGAUUGUUCGUCAGUCUUGGUAUCGUGUCAUGUUUGCUAAUAUCAGCAACAUUUUGAUGAUAGAAUUAUAUUCAGAAUGCGCUACAACACCUUUA